AUAGCUGUAUACUUUUAGGCAAAUUAGUCCAAUUUUUAUUCAUUCGCAAGAACUCGUUUUUUUUGUCUCGCCUUUAAUUUGCCCUCAUAUAACCGACAGACACUAGGAUAUAAAUAGCUCCAUCAAUUAAUAACACGUUAUAACGGAGUGUUUCUAGCAGCUCACUUGACGUUUAUUAGGCUACAGUUCAGAAAGAGGCGGAUUGAUAUGAAUCAUCUUCAACAUCAAAUGGUUUGAACAAGACAGAAGCGAUGCUUUGUUAAUUUGCAGUGGAGUUUCAUCUGCCGGAGUUUACCGAGUGGACAGGACAUUUCAGCCCACAUCAACAUGGAGUAUCAAUGUUUCUUGUCAUUGAGCUGUGUGAAGCACUCCUUGAGUUCUGACACAUUUGAGUACACAAUCGAGUACUUCAAGCAAAUCAGAGAACAUUGUGGCAGCAUAGAUCCUUUUCUGCAAAAUUCCCCUCAUUUGCAAAGCCGACCUCCGAAUUCUCUCUUUCCCACUGGCUAAUGAUAGCCAAUCCCAGAAAAGAGGGGAGGAGUCCACGUAGACGUACGGACGUACAUUGAUUGGAUGACAGAACAUUUUGACACCUACCCGCUUUCAACAUCAACUGAAUCGUCUCCUGGUUCGUCGAUUCCACCUUCCCCCUUGGAACAUGAUGUCCAGGUGCCCUCAGAUUUGGAGGUUAUGACCUCCCUCCUAAAGGAAGAACUUGCCCAACUUGAGGAUUAUUAUCUAUUUGAAUCAACGCCCAUGAAAGCAGAGAAAUGGCAAAAAAGCGAUAAAAGCUACCAAACAAUGUCUGCCCCAUCAUAUUACCAGUUACCCUGCAGUUCAUACAAUGUGAACCAGUCCGAAUCGAACCCCAGGCUUGUUACCCUGGCAACAGGUGAGCUUGACCUCAGAGGGUUUUGUGGCAGCUCUGUUGGAAGAUCUAAAGCAUCCAGACCUGCUCCUUACAGUUAUGUUCGGACCCACUCCACAAGCCAAAGGAUAGCAUCAAAUGGUUGUAAAGACGUGGAGGUUUUUGAGAAAGAGACAUGGACUUUUAAAGGGACUCAUUCAGGUUAUGCAGAGAUGGCUUUAGACCAGUGUGCUGUUGACAAGAUUUUUGGAAAGAACCAUAUUGGUACGAAAAAGGUCAGAGAAUGUGCCAUAUUGCUAAAGGAAGAAGAAAAGAGAUGUUUUACUGAAGAUGUUUUCUACAGAGCAGAGAUGGUGAAAAGUUUUGAUGCUGGUGCACCGCUGGAUGCCCAUCACAGGAGAGAAGGUCAAGUUCCAGGAAUGAAGAUGCUCGGUCAUGGUCAUGAAGCUGUUUCGAUGCCAGUAGUGCACUGUAAUGAAAAUGGAAGUAGUCCUGCAUUUAAACAUCCAGAAGUAGCUGAGUGUUACUUUAGUCAGAUUACUGCAAAUUUAGAACCAUAUCAUGGCUUUAUGAAUGAGGUAGAUCAGUCAGUCCGGUCUGGGGCUGUCGAGCCUUUGAAUGGUGGUUACUCAAGCCAUGAAUGCCUUGUAGAUCAAAGCUUUGACUGUCUGUCUGGAGACAGUGUUGGAUCUUCUUUGGAGUUCCCAGCACAGAAACCAGUUCAAAGGCUAAGAGAAAACCUGUGUGUGUUUAAACCGGAGGUCAAAGUAAGUUGCCUUGAACGGAGCCAUGGAGAGCGGAAGCAGAAGAAAAGAGACCAGAACAAGACCGCUGCUUACAGGUAUCGACAGCGGAAAAGGGCGGAGCAGGACUGCUUGGAGGAAGAGCUUCAUGGGUUGGAAGGGAGAAACAGGGAGCUGCGAGACAAAGCUGAAUCUGUAGAGAGAGAGAUCCAGUAUGUCAAAGACCUCCUGAUUGAAGUGUAUAAGGCUCGGAGUCAGCGCCUCAAAGAGGAUUCCAGUGCCUAAACCUAUUCAAAGCACCAGCAUUGAAAGAUCAGCUUUUUCGGCAAGGACAUUUUUUUUUUUUUUACAAGCUCUGGUAAUGUGUUUUUGACGUUCAAAGUAAAUGAUGACACGAGAGAAAAGAGCCCUUUGCUGGGUUUGCUAAACAUAAUUUAGCAAAUUAUGUAACGAACACUGUGAUACUAGCCAUAGGCUGACCAGUAUUCUUAGUAUUCUAAUGAGAGCUAAAGAUAUUAUGCAUUCAGUUUGACUUUUUUUUUUUUUUGCUUUUUUUUAAUUAUAAUCUUCUGUGCAUAAUAAAUGAUUUAUACCAAAAAAGGGAAACCAACAGCUAUACUACAUAUGCUAGCUCAGAUGUGUGUUUGUUGUGUGGGGCAUGAUGGUACAGCUUAGUGAGGACUUGUAAGAAUGUGACUGCAAAUAAUUACUGCUAUUUUUUUGCGCUGUAACUAUAGAGCCCUGUAACGUUAAGUGUAUUUCAUUUAGUUUUUGACAUCACCAUUUUUGUAUUUUCAUAUUUUAUUUUGCUUGUGCAUCUUUUUUAAUGAUGCAGGAUAGAGUUUUUUCAAUUUACAUUUACAACAGUGUACAUUAUCAGCCAAUGUACUGUGGUU